GAACCCCGACUCAUGUCACAGGCUACACUAAUAUGUCAUUGUGUUUUUUCCUGUCUUGUCUGUUCUCCUCUUUCUGUAGUUAAUGUUUUCGUUUUCAUAGCAGGUAAACUCAAGGCAUCAUCCCAUCAUCGUUCGAGGCGGCACACCAUGGCUGGCUUCAGACAAGAGGAUGUUGAGUUGUAUUAUGAGAUGGGAGAGGAGCUGGGCAGCGGACAGUUUGCCAUUGUCCGUAAAUGUAAGGAGAAAAGCACCAGCAUUGAGUACGCAGCCAAGUUCAUCAAGAAGCGGCGGCUGUCGUCCAGCCGGCGGGGGGUGAGCCGUGAAGAGAUUGAGCGCGAGGUCAACAUCCUGCGGGAGAUCCAGCACAGCAACAUCAUCACCCUGCACGACAUCUUUGAAAACAAGACCGACGUGAUCCUGAUCCUGGAGCUGGUGUCCGGAGGGGAACUGUUUGACUUCUUGGCCGAGAAGGAAUCUCUGACUGAGGAGGAGGCCACGCAGUUUCUCAAGCAGAUCCUGGAUGGCGUUCAGUAUCUCCACUCGAAACGCAUUGCUCACUUCGACCUCAAGCCUGAGAAUAUCAUGCUGCUGGACAAGAACGUCCCCAACCCCAGGAUCAAGCUGAUCGAUUUUGGGAUAGCUCAUCAGAUUAAAGCAGGAAACGAGUUCAAGAACAUCUUUGGAACACCAGAGUUUGUCGCUCCAGAAAUAGUCAACUAUGAGCCACUUGGGCUAGAGGCGGAUAUGUGGAGCAUUGGAGUAAUCACAUACAUUCUGCUGAGUGGUGCUUCACCAUUUCUGGGCGAGACCAAGCAGGAGACUCUGACCAACAUAUCUGCUGUCAACUACGACUUUGAUGAGGAGUAUUUCAGCAACACCAGUGAGCUGGCUAAAGACUUCAUACGCCGUCUGUUGGUCAAGGAUCCAAAGAAAAGAAUGACCAUUGAUGACAGUCUUGAGCACCCUUGGAUUAAGGUUAUUAAGAGGCGUAACGUGCGCCAGGAGGACAGAGACCACAAGCCUGAGCGCCGGCGCCUGAAGACCACUCGUCUGAAGGAGUACACCAUCAAGUCUCACUCCAGCAUGCCUCCCAACAACACCUACGUCAACUUCGAGCGCUUCUCCCAGGUGCUCGAAGAGAUCGCAGCAGCAGAGGAAGGCCUGAAGGAGCUGGAGCGCAAUCAGCGCUCUUGCCGGGAUGAUGUUGCAGCGCUGCUGUCCAUAUACGAGGAGAAGGAGGGUUGGUACAAGGAGGAGAACCAGAGCAUCUCCAGCGACCUGAGCCACAUCCGCCAAGAGCUGCAGCGCACGCAGGCCCAGCGCAAGAGGUGCCAGGACGACGCUCGGCUCACCAUGCAGGCUGCUAACAUCCUGAAGCGCAAAUUUGGGCGCCUGGAAAAUCGCUACGAGGCUCUGGCUGAGCAGGUGGCCUCUGAGGUCCGCUGGGUGGAGGAGCUGGUCAAGUCCAUAUCGGUGGAGAGGGACGACCUCAGCUCUAGCAGCAUGCCCUGAGCUCAGCCGAGGUCCAGAAAUGACAUUUUCAUUCUCAAGUAUCCUCCUGCCCGUCUUCUCCAUCUGUGUGCUGCGCAGUGGAGUUUGAGUGGGUCAGUUGUCAUCAUAAGCUAUGCUGCUGCUGCCCAUCAGAAAAAACGUUCCACUAUUUUUAUGUCAUGCUUGAGAGAAGGAGCGAGAAGCAGAGAGGCAACAUGCUGAAGACAUUCCCCCAUGAAAUGGCUCAUUCCUGUGUUUUAUAAUUUAAUUUAUAAUAUUAGCAAUUUUGUAUACUGUAAUUCAGCUGUAAUUGCUAAAUAUGUAGGCUUCUUUUGCAGAUAGAUAUACUGUCAAUUUAUUUUUUUGUCUGGUUAUCAUUUCUAAAACAAAUCUUAAUUUCCUAGUGCUUAAAAAGCCAUAAAUGUCUGCUCAUUUGUCCUGCCUCAGGUUGCUGGCCAGUAAUGUGAGAAAGUUUCGCAAAAUACGCCGUAUUAUAGGGAUUUGUGAGGCAUUCCAGGGGAAUUUAUUUAUGUGUUGACAUGCAUUUUAGGUUUGAGUUCAGCUGACAAUAAAAUUCUUGCAUUGUCAACUCUAAACAAUGCAGGAAGCACUAACUCGGCACAGAAAAAGAACAUUUUACAAUAACGAUUUAUUUUACAUGUCUGUUAUUUGGAUAAUAUAUUUCUUGAAUGUUUCCUGGAUACAAACAUUUAGAUUUUAAUACUAAUUACAGGUAAAACAGAGAAACAUAUGAGACUGUUUAAUUUGUUUUAAUUCUUGAUUAGUUGUAAAAAGUACAUAUACUGAAUUGUUUAGCGUAUCUGCUAUGCUCUUAAGUUAGCUCUAGCUUAGCAUUUGGAACUGACUGAAGUGUAUCAUCUGAGCACUCUCUGACUAUUUUACCUAUGAUUAGUAUCAAGUUACAUGUUAUUGUUGUUUUGUUUUUUUACAGGAAAUAUCCAAGAAAAUAGCAAGAAAUUAGUCUGAAUUUAUGAUUUUGUAAAGUAGCGCAAUGAUAGAUUUGAGAAUGUAUAAACUUGUCUUUCCAGUGCCUGUAAACUGAUCGACCUUACUGCUUCCAUGAGCACUGAUUUGUCAUUAUCAUUUCGAUCACACUGAUAUUGCUCAAUGUCUUAAAAUGCCACAACUUUUGCACAGCAGCCUUGGAAACCAAAUAGUGUGCAUGGAAACGUUCUCUGUAUGCUGUAGCUCUGUCGAUGUUUGCGUUCAGACCAUCUCUGCACACUUUCAACAUUCCAUUGAUAAGUUUCACAUCCAGCCAACACAUUCCCUAUGUAUAGCAUAGAAAGCGUACUGUAGAGUCUGUAGUAUUUUUCAGUAGAGAAAUGUACUCCUUUGCACUUAAAUGAUUAUAGCAAUGUUCAAAAAUAUAUUUUAACCUGUCUUAUGGUGUAAGAAAGCGCUGUUGAAAUGAACAGUCCGGGCUUGUUACAAAUAAACAUAAAGUUAUCACUGAGAAAA